CUCCGCGGAUAACUCUUCUCUUGUUUUUCAUUUGUUUAGCAACACCAUAGCAACGGCUGUGGGCAUCAGUGGUACCAAAUACACGGUAGUCGUGCCGUGCUUAUUGCUAUUUUGUAUAACUCUAUUAUCUUUUGUCUUCGCGUGAAUGUAUGCGUAUGUUAUUGUGAGUAACCUUAAAAAUAUCAAAUUCACAAAAUAUUUUCUUUUAGACUCAUUAGUGCAUGAAGUUCUCUAAAAUAUGACAGACGGGGUUGAAAGCAAAUGGCAGUAUGUUGCAAGAGCUGACAAUGCUGUCAUGAUUUUCUCUUACGUUAAAUCAAUACCGAAGAGAACUUGAAUUCCGGACACUUUAAAUGUAAAACUGUAAUUACUGAAUAGCUCAUAAAAAUGCCCAAGUUAUUAGAUGACGGGGUCGUUGAAAACGUAAGAGUUGUCGUACGUAUUCGCCCUUUGAGUGAGAAAGAAACAGAGUCAGGAUACCGCCAGAUUACGAAUGUGGAUUCUGUAAACAACAGUGUGUCAGUUGAAAAUCCUCAAGCAGCUGAUGGGGAACCUCCAAAGAUAUUCACUUUUGAUGCUGUUUUUGAUACAGAUUCAAGACAGUUGGAUGUUUACAAUGAAACUGCCCGACCUAUUGUUGACAAAGUUCUACAAGGAUAUAAUGGAACAAUUUUUGCAUAUGGUCAAACAGGAACUGGUAAAACAUACACAAUGGAGGGCAAUUGUUCAGCUCCUGAACUCAAAGGCAUUAUUCCUAAUUCUUUUGCCCAUAUUUUUGGUCACAUUGCAAAAGCUGAAGAACAGAAAAAAUUUCUUGUCCGAGUUGCUUACAUUGAGAUUUAUAAUGAAGAAAUACGUGACCUAUUAGGAAAAGAUCAGAAUGUUCGUCUAGAAGUGAAGGAACGUCCAGAUAUUGGAGUGUACAUUCGUGAUCUAUCUGGCUAUGUAGUCAAUAACGCAGAUGAUAUGGAGCGAAUUAUGACUUUGGGUAAAAAGAAUAGAAUGGUUGGAGCUACCGCUAUGAAUGCACAGAGUUCUCGAUCACAUGCCAUCUUUACUAUUACUAUUGAAAAUGGUGACAUGGGUGAUGAUGGCAAACAACACAUCAAGAUGGGCAAACUUCAUCUAGUGGAUUUAGCUGGUUCUGAAAGGCAGAGCAAGACUGGAGCUACUGGACAGCGGUUUAAAGAAGCUACAAAAAUCAAUUUAUCACUAUCAGUACUUGGAAAUGUCAUUUCGGCAUUGGUAGAUGGUAAAAGUACACAUAUUCCCUAUAGGAAUUCCAAAUUGACUCGUCUACUUCAAGAUUCUUUGGGUGGUAAUUCCAAGACUGUAAUGGUAGCAAAUGUGGGUCCUGCAGAUUACAAUUACGAUGAAACUAUCAGCACCCUGCGAUAUGCAAGUCGUGCAAAGAACAUUAAAAAUAGAGCUCGUGUUAAUGAAGAUCCAAAAGAUGCACUUCUGCGACAGUUUCAAAUGGAAAUUGAAGAACUCAGGAAGCAACUCGAGGAUGGGACUAGUCCAGGCAGUGGUGCAGAUGAGCCAUACAGUGAUGGUCUCUCGGAUUCUGAAGAUGAAGGCAAGGGAGAUGCUGCAGCUCGCCGAAGAGCUAGACGUAGCAGACAGAUGAUGUCUGCUGAUCAAAUAGAAGACCAUGAAAUCACGGAGGAGCCAGUAGAAAAAGUUGAAGUAGAAAAAGAAGAAGAAAUAGACCCUGAAAAAGCACAACAAAUGGAGCAAGAAAAAGAGAAACAUGAAUAUGAACUUAAGAAAACACAGAAAGAACACGAUAUGUUGCGAGAAAAAUUGCAAAGUCUAGAGAAAAAGAUUCUUAUUGGUGGAGAAAACUUAUUGGAGAAAGCUGAAUUGCAAGAGCAAUUAUUGGAAGCAUCAGCAAGAGAAUUGGAGACACGACGAAGAAAAGAAGAACAGUUAAGGCAACAACUACAACAAAAGGAGGCAGAGCUUGUUGACAUUGAAGAAAGAUACUCCACUCUUCAAGAAGAAGCUACCGGCAAAACAAAGAAACUAAAGAAAGUAUUUGCUAUGCUUCUUGCCGCCAAAGCAGAGCUAGGUGAUUUGCAGCAUGAACAGCAGCGCGAAAUGGAAGGUCUUUUAGAUUCUGUUCGCUCACUGACAAGAGAGUUAAAACUUCAAGAAGCUAUCAUUGAUGCCUUCAUUCCUCGACAAUACCAGGAAAUGUUGGAACAAUAUGUUCACUGGAAUGAGGAUAUUGGAGAAUGGCAACUCAAAUGUGUUGCUUAUACUGGUAACAAUAUGCGUAAACAAUUGUCGCUACAUUCUUCUGGCCAAGGGCAAGAUUAUUUGCAGCCUGAUCUUUCUCAUGUGUACUUAUCUUACUCAAAUGACCGUGUGACCAACUCUGUUCGGCCUGCACGACAGUCUAGUGGACAUAGAGGAAAGUCAGCUCAUUCAUCAAGUGUUCGCCCUGGGUCAUAUCGACAUCAUAGCAAUACUUCAUAACUCUUCUGUUUUGAGUGCUUUGUUCCAUCAUCUAAGAAUUCUGUGAUGCAUGUUUUUACCUUACAAGGACCGAUCCAGACGCAGUGGAAUCCACUGGCAAAUGAAGACUGUUAAUAAUGGACUUGCUUGUUGAAUGUUUGUGUUUGAAGAGUGAACGCACCUGUGAUAGCUGCAGCACAGAGAGACAUGCUUCUGCUUUAGUGUCUUGUGGUAGAUUAACUAAAAAGACGAAUUUGCUAGUCAGGAGAAACUACUGCCUUAUCUUUUCUUCCUAAUUGAUAAUUUAAUUUUCUAGCUAUUUAAAUUAUUUAUUUGAUUUAAUUUCUUAAUCCCUGCUCAUGGUUAACUUCUCAUGCACAUUGUAUUUAUCAUGAAAGUAUUAUUAUUGUUGUCUGUUUUUAUCAUUAAUACUUGUAAGACUGCUUGCUCAUUAAUGUUAACUUAAUAUCUGAAUAGUAAUUUACUCGUUUGAAUUAACAAAUAAGUUUAGUUAUCAAAUAGUAACUCCUUAUUACAUACUUUUUGCCCAAGUACAAUUACCCUUGAAGAUUAUAAAUACAAUCAUGAGUUCACAUGCUAAAAAUUGAAAGUAGUAAUUUUGAAAUAAAUAAAAAACAGCGUAAUUCACACUGAAGACAUUUUGACUUGUACUGUUGCGGUCUUUUUUACUUCUAUCACAUCAACAGCAACAACAACAACAACAAUAAUAAUAAUAAUAAUAAUAAUAAUGUUGAUGAUGAUAAUGAUAAUAUGAAAAUGGUGUCUAACUUAAGAAUACAUAGUAUCUUAUCAUUUUGGAGUAGAGCAAUAAUUUAUAUUUGAAGUUAAUAAUAAUAUGAAAUGCUUGCUGCUGCUGCUGUUGUUGUUGUUGUUAUUAUUAUUAUUACUACAAAGAAAGGGAUGCAAUAGAGUAUCACAAACAUGAUCAUCCCUACAGUACUAGUUGAAACAUUUUUAUAGUGGUGGUGUGUCUUUGUUGUUGUUUUUUGAAACUUUUAGGGUGUAAAGUCCCAAAUAAAGUAUUAUAAUCUUUAGGGGUAAUUGAACAAGUUAUGUAAUAAGAGGAAAUAUGGGUUUAAGUAGAGAACACAGUACACUCUUACUGAAGCGCUUGGAGGGAGAGCCUUCCCUCUAAUAUUUUGAAAAGCACUUUGAAAUAAAGGAACAAAAUUUACCGAACUG